CAUCGGGCAGUACACGGCCAUAGAUGCCCGAUCAUGCUCCAUAGAUUAGCGCAACCAGUCUGAGCCGAUUGUGCCUGGGUGGUAGGCCAAAUCUUGCAAUCUGCUAGUAGCGCCUUGAAAUAGGUGGUUCCGACUUCCGGGAGCUAUAUAUUUGACCUGUUUAGAGCUCUUCGCAAUGGCCUCUCAACGCCUCACCAUUGUCAUCAAACUAGGGACGAGUUCCAUAGUAGAUGAGAACACACAUGAGCCUAUACUAUCAAUUCUUACCUUGAUCGUCGAGACUGCUGCCAAGCUCCAUCGUGACGGCCACAAUGUCGUGCUCGUGUCAUCCGGUGCUGUCGGUGUAGGUUUGCGAAGAAUGGAUGUUGAGGAGAGACCGAAAUACCUCCCCCGUAUACAGGCCUUGGCUGCAGUCGGUCAGUGCAGACUGAUGAGUCUUUGGGAUGGCCUAUUCUCGCAUCUUCGCCUUCCAGUAGCACAGAUACUACUGACCAGAAACGAUAUUGCGGAUAGGACACAAUAUAUCAAUGCCCAGAAUACCUUCGCACAGUUAUUUGACAUGGGCGUGAUUCCAAUUGUCAAUGAAAAUGACACACUCGCUGUCUCGGAAAUCAAAUUCGGCGACAACGACACACUGUCGGCAAUAACCGCCGCCAUGGUGAAAGCCAACUACCUGUUCUUGAUGACGGAUGUCGACUGUCUGUAUACUGCCAAUCCUCGUAACAACCCCGAUGCGCAGCCCAUUGAGGUCGUCACGGAUAUAUCAUCUUUGGAAGCCGAUGUCUCGUCGGCCGGCUCCUCCUUAGGGACAGGUGGAAUGAGUACCAAAAUUGUGGCUGCAAAGUUGGGAACCAGUGCUGGAGUGACCACAAUCAUCACCAAAAGCUCAAAGCCGGGAAAUGUCCACGAAAUUGUCAAAUACCUUCAGCAAGCUCAACAAGAAACUUUAGCUGACCCGACGACCGAAAAUAACGACCACUCGUCAAUCUUGCAUACACCGCCUCCGCUACAUACACGGUUCAUUCCGUCGGAAACACCAAUCCAGUCUCGAUCGUUCUGGCUCCUUCAUGGCCUGAAACCCCGAGGUACUAUUUAUAUCGAUCAUGGCGCCUACAGUGCUCUUCAAAAGAAGGCUGGCCUGCUUCCAGCAGGCGUUGUAGGGGUGGAAGGCCAUUUUGGCCAACAGGAAGCGGUGCGUCUGGUUGUCGUUGAAAAAAUCUCACCGGAUUCUCUGAAUGGGGAAUUUCUUCAUCACGGCCAGGAGCCGAGGGAAGUCGGACGUGCCCUAGUGAAUUACAGCAGCAGUGAAAUUAUUCGCAUCAAGGGCCACAGAAGCACGCAGAUCCAAUCAUUGCUUGGUUACGCAGACAGUGAAUAUGUCGCUCUUCGAGAGAACAUCUCUUUCAUACGAAAUGAUGAAAGUCCACGUCAUUGAACGAUACCUGAGCGCUUACGGGGAAUUGCGGCUCUUUGGGUCGACAGGUACCAUUGAUGUAAGCCCCAAUAGCAGGGUCACCCCGUCGACAUACUGAUCCAUCAAAGUAAUGUCAUUCGAUAUCUAUUUGGUAGCUAAGCAUAUGUCUUUCCUUUUCCAUUCAGCUAUUUCGCCACUGCUGGACGAAAGAGGAUGCGGAACGUUUAAAGAAACGGACGAUAGCCUUGAGCAAACAAAUGGAAAGAGGAACAAAACCAGACACAAUAGAAUUGGAUAGGGUCUUGCUAAGUAGUUUUAGAAUGUGCCAUGCAUGAAUUGUGCUUCUAGUAAGUCAAAAGGGGGAAAUAACAAACCAGGACCACUUUCGUUGAAUAUAGACACAGUACUG